AUGGAUUUACACGAUAUCGUGCCCAUCUUGAACUGGAAACGGCGCUCCACUCAAGGCUUUGGAAUCGACUUUCCAACCCUCAAUGUUCUCGGCUUUGUUUGCUAUAGUGUUUCCACCUGUUUCUUCCUGUAUUCGCCUACAAUCCGAGAACAAUAUGCGGCAAGACACCCUCUUGCCCCAGAGCCGACCGUCCGUUUCAACGACGCUGCCUUCGGCAUACAUGCCGUGCUCAUGGUCCUGCUGACCUAUUCUCAAUUUUUCUCUAGUCUCUGGGGUUUUAAAGGCUCCGGUAGGGCGAGAACAUCUCGGCCUGUCUUGGGCAUCUUUUGGGGAAGUCUGUUUGCUGUCGCCGCUGUCGCUGGGUUUGUGUAUCGACAAUCUGGCGCAUACGGUCAGAGUCCCCGAGAUUGGGCUUGGAUUGAUGUGCUUUAUACCCUUGGCUACGUGAAGCUUGUUUGCACCUUUGUCAAAUAUAUUCCCCAAGCAUGGAUGAAUUACCAACGCAAGUCCACUCAAGGUUGGAGUAUAGACCAAAUCCUCUUUGACAUGGUGGGCGGUAUCCUAUCUCUCUUGCAACUUCUGAUAGAUGCCAGCUUCCAGGGAGACUGGAGUGGCAUUACCGGAAACUCUCUCAAGUUUGGGCUGUCCAAUAUCAGUAUUGCGUUUGAUCUCAUCUUCAUUACGCAGCACUACAUCCUCUACCGCGACCAGCUCGAUGAAUCAAUCGAGGCGACAGAGGAAGAGACCGGACGUCCGCUGUUGGGAUCGUAA